AUGGCUCGACGUCUAGCUUCUCUCUUUAACAACGUUGGGCAUUUACGUUGCGAUUUGAAUUGUUUGAACAGUGGAAAAGUUAAAUCUUCGAAUGUACAUUUAUGUGAUUUUCAAUCACUAAAAACAAAUCGAGAGGACUCGAUAAAUGAGCAAUAUAACUACACAUAUUCCGAAGACUUAUAUAAAUUAAAAAAUAGCUAUGGUAUGUGUGAAUAUUAUAUUAACGAUGGUAAUCUAAAUCAAGAUAUAAUCUAUAGCGUAGGCGCAAAUGAAUUUAGUUUUAAUAAUAAUGCAUAUGUUUAUGAUAACAAUAAGUGGAGCAAUAGUGAAAAGAGGUUAUAUAAUGUAACUGAAUUAGAGGAUGAGGUAAUAGUAGAUAAAAUGCCUUGUAGUUGUUUGGGGGGUUAUAAAAAAAAAGACUCAUCGAAUAAUGGAGAAUAUUAUCCAAAUUUAUAUCCUCAACAACAUAAUAUAAUAAUUAAUACAAGAGGAACUGUAAUUGAUGGGCAUAAUAAAAAUAAUCACGUUAAAAAAAUCCCUAGCCAUUUAUAUAGUGAAAUAGUUAAUGAAUCGACAUGUAAUCACCAUUCCUUUAACGACAUAAAUGAUUAUGAUAAUACAGAAAAUUUUUUAAAAGAACAAAACAAAAGCAUCACUAAAGAAAAACAAAAAGAAAAAAAAAAAAAAAUAAUAAGGGAUGCACAAAAUGGUACUGGAUUCAAAAACAGGUUUUUUAAUUUCAGCUUAUAUACUAAAGGUGGAUCAGCAAUAUCGAACUCUUCUCAUUCAAAUGGAGACAGGUGUUCCGAUGCUUCAUCCGAAUUCCUUUCCGUUAUUAGUGGUGCAAAAUCGAAUAUAUAA